GAAAGCAUAGAGAAUGACACCCAAACCACAUCACAUCGGACUUAGACCAAUCACCACUCUGCAUUCAUUUAUUUUACAAAAAAAAUAGAAAAAAAGAAAAUAGCGUACUCCAAAUUCUGAAAAAACCAACCUCAACCCGACAUAGGAAACUCCGUCACCCAUUUUAUUAUAAUAUAAAUAAAGCAUUAAUUAUGUUUUGCGCACAUGAACCCAUCUCCAACGGUCAUGAACGGCGGCGGCGCAACUCUCUCCGGUGAGGCCUCCGCGAAGCGCAGACGCAGCAGACAGCAAGCGGCAAACGGAGGCAUGAAGAACAACUCCACGCGCCGUUCGGAGGCGUCGUUCUUGAAAUGGACGGUGGCGGACGCGCUCCACGUGGCGACGCACCAUUGGAUGCCGUGCCUGUUCGCCUUGGGACUCCUCUUCUUCAUGGGCGUCGAGUACACGCUCCACAUGGUGCCGCCCUCCUCGCCGCCCUUCGACCUCGGCUUCCUCGCCACGCGCCCCCUCCACGCGCUCCUCCAGUCCUCGCCGCACCUCAACACCCUCUGCGCCGCUCUCAACACGGUGUUUGUGGGGAUGCAAACCAGUUAUAUCCUAUGGACGUGGCUCAUUGAAGGACGCCCCAGAGCCACCAUUUCAACGUUGUUCAUGUUCACUUGCCGUGGCAUUUUAGGCUACUCCACCCAGCUUCCAUUGCCUCAGGGGUUUUUGGGGUCUGGUGCGGACUUUCCUGUCGGGAAUGUGUCGUUUUUUUUGUUUUUCUCGGGGCAUGUUGCGGGUUCGGUGAUUGCUUCGUUGGACAUGAGGAGGAUGCAGAGGUGGGAACUGGCAUGGACUUUUGAUGUGCUCAAUGUUUUGCAAGCUGUCAGGUUGCUCGCUUCCAGAGGCCAUUACACUAUUGAUUUGGCUGUCGGGGUUGGUGCUGGAAUUCUUUUUGAUUCUUUAGCUGGCAAGUAUGAAGAUAGCAAAAGGAAUCCUCCUUUCACCACUAAACACACUUUCACUCUUUGAUUGCAUCACCAAUCACCACUACAUAUGCUCUGCUAUAUCGUCUCUUUUAGUCUUAUUCAUUGAAAUUUAUCAAAAAUUACAAAAUCUGAUGAGACUCGUUUCUUAUACCAUGAAUCUCACAAAUUUGUAAUUUUCAAUCAAUUUUAAUCGAUAAGAGAGGUCAUGUUAAGAGAAGUGUUAGAGAUCAUGAUGGUAACACUGUUAGUGUUGGUUUGAUGUAGCUAAAAUGAAAAAAUUGACGAAGGAUCAUGGAAGUGGAAAAGGUGAUGGAUUCCAAAGAUUGGCAAUAGUUUGAAUUGUAAAGAGGAAAAGAAAAGGUCAAAAAGUGAUAUGAUAUUAGAAGUAGUCUUGGUUACGGCGUGAUUUUAAAUUUGAGUUUUAUUUCACUUGUAUUUUUUUUGUAAGCUGUAUUGAGUUUCUUUUGUUUUAGUGGAGUGUGGGUUGGAAUUCCCUUGGCAUGAUGGAUUGCUCUAGAUGUUGUUCCCACUUGGUGGACGGCUAUUGAAUGGAAUAUCAGAUUUUAAUGUUGUGUCUUGAUUGUAAAAUUGAAUUUUUAAGAUUUUGCUUUAGUUCAUUCAUUGUAAUUGGAAAACUUGGGUUCUAUUAAGAUCCUGCGUUAGCUCA